CGAAGGCUGAGGAGCCACGCGCCGUCCUACUGCGACGAGUCCCUGUUCGGCAAGCGGGAGGAUCCGGCCUGGGCAGCGUCUUGGAUGAAGAGGGAGGAUGUGGCCAAGCUCCGUGCGCUGCUGUGGAGCCCCUCGGCCGCMCCCCGGCACCAGCCCGGCCUUUCGCCCCGCUCCAAGGAGACGCCCGUGAGAGCCGUCCACCCGGGAGCCCCGGCGCUAGGAAACCUCGGCACGGAGCGCAGGGGCAAAUCCUGCAUCUGGAACCAGCCUGAGAGCGAUCCGGACCCUGGGGACCGGCGCAUUCCCAACAGGGGACGUUCCCAGUCCCUCACGCGGCUGAACACCCCGGACAGCCUCCGAGCGGCUUCAGGCAACGCCAGGACAGACAAGCACAAAACGCCGUGUCCUGCGACAGCUCCUGCAACGCCCCGCGGCCCUCUGAUGAGGGUUCGCUCUAGCAGCGUGUCUGCACCUGCCUUUGCCAGGAACUCCAGGGCCACGGAUGUUUGCAAACCCAGGCCUCCYUGGAAGUGACGGAAACACCCCUCUCUGUGUAAAUACACCCCUAAUUUAUCCAUGUCAGGGCUGGACGUCCCAAUGAGCAGGUCUCUGAGGUCCUUGGAGCCUCCUGCAGCUGCACACAAGG